GGGUGUCAAUCCAUGGAGGAGAGGAUCAGUGAUCUCGGGAGUCAUUCAAGUUGAACUUAAACUAUUUAUUAGAUAACUUAUUAAACUUAUAUAACAAGCCUGCCCUAUCUGAUUGAAGGAAUUGGUGAAAUCUUAUACAAAUAUCGAACGUCGCGUGCUUGAGGAUCUCAUUUGAAAUAGUGCAGUCAUAGGAGUAUCAUCAUCACCGUCAUCAUUACCAACAAGCACCAUAAUGACGGUCUGAGAUUGAUCGUCCCAAACCUUUUCAUUGUUUCAUGUGUCCGUGUGUGAACUCUAUGACUCCUGUCUUUGACGUUUGAUUCGAAAUCGGAUUUCCCUCGAAUAACAUCCAUCCAAUCCCCCGUCAAUCCAUCUAACGAGAACUGGCUCUUUCCUAACUCAGUUCCUCGGACGUGAUCGACGAGUCUACAUAGUACAAAAGUGAUUCUCACAACCAUUCCGUGUGUCUUUCCGUGGUCAGCUCGCCACUUUCUUGGCUUGAAUAAUCCAAGAAGAUGAUUGAGCAAGGUUUCACCUUCAAGAACUCGGUCACCCUGACCUUACUGACCUUGGCCUUCAUCGUGGGCGAGAUCUCACAUUUUCUUAUUGGCACAGUCAGUCAGGAGAUGGCCAACGACCUUCACUUUGGCAAACAGAAAUGCUAUCCAAAUGAAACGUUGUCCAACUUGGAUUUGGACGAUAUUGGCGAAAUCUGCCGAGAUUUCGAAACAGAAGAAGCAUGCGAAUCCGACGGGGUCAAUGGUACCUGCGUUUUCAAGUAUUCAGGUCAAGGGAUCGAGUACCAAGUCUUGGCAGGGCCGAUCUUUGUCGUCAUCUUCACAUUGUCUGGCGUCUUCAUGGGCUUUCUGGGAGACAAAGUCUCAAGAACCAAACUUUUGGGAGUGUGCAUUAUGCUCUUCAGUUGUUGUGGAUGCCUCAUGGCGGUGGUCACUCAAUACUGGCAUUUAGUCAUCCUCCGAAUGGGCGUGGCUGCGGGAGAAGCAGCAAUGCGACCAGUGGCUGGCUCAUUUUUAGCCGAGCUCUUUGAUCCGUCAACUCGAGGCGUGGCCAAUGGAAUCUUUUCAUGGGGCGUGUAUAUUGGCUAUGGAUUGACCUUCGUAAUUGGCAACUAUGUUCCUGAUGCUAAUAUCCUUGGUUACACGUGGCGACCUGGAUUUAUCAUUGGAUGCGUUUUGGGCAUCCCGAUAGCUAUUAUUAUCUUCUUCUAUGAAGACCCCAAAUAUGCUAGAAAGAAACCUGAAGACCUCGCUGUCGAGAUCGAGGAAAAGGCGAAAGAGGCACUAGGUGAAGAUAUUAUCAUUAAAGAAAAUGAAGACAGAUACUGGCAAUCCAUCGGCAAGGCAUUUUGCCAGUCCUCCAUGAUCCUGCUCUUCAUUGCCGCUGCAGUUCGACACACAGGCGGUUACUCGUGGUCAUAUAACACUCAGUUAUAUUUUGAGGAAUAUUUCCGGAAGGAAAACCCCGGCAUCUCGUUGGCAUUAUGUUCCAUUAUUGGUGGAUCUUUCGGGGUGUUCGUUGGUGGAUUUCUCUCGGAUUUGGCGGUUCGACGGAUGGGGCUUCACUCUAGGCUUUGGAUUCUCUCCGUGUGCUUAGUCUGUGCAACACCAUUUUCCGUGUGCGUUCUCGCUUUGGAACCACCCUUAACAUAUUACAUGUUAUUGAUCUACUACUUUUUCGCUGAAACAUGGUUUGCCGUACUCUUUACUGUGAUUGUGGAAAUCGUACCUGCCAACAUUCGCUCUGUGUGCAUUGGAUUGUUCCUCUUUCUCAUGAACAACAUCGGAGGAAACAUCCCAAUCCUAGUGGAACCUGUGAGCGAGGCCUUUGGUGAUCUUAGAUCUGCUCUCUAUAUUUUCUUCCCUGGAAUGGUUGCUGCCAGUUCCAUUUUGUUCCUCAUCGCCAGUUAUCCUCUCUACCAAGAGCAUAAAAGGAAGACAUUAUCGGAGGUUCGAUUAGUGGAUUAAAUGGUACAAGAUUUUAAGACGUGUUCAAUGUGAUUUAUGUUCAAAAUAAAUUAUCAAAUCGGAA